AUGACGACAGCCCAUAGACCAACAUUCGACCCUGCUCGAGGCAAAGAAGCUCAACGAGGUGUCGCAUACCAUCAAAGACUGCUUCCUGCACAUACACUCCUGAAAGUCAGACAACCGGGUCAAGGUGGCGCAGCCGAUCCAGAAAAGCGAGAUCUACGAGCAGAACUACUAGCCGCAGAAGCAGCACACUUCGCAAAGAAAGGAAAGAGCACAGAACCCGCAAGCGGUCUCCCGAAGCCCCCCAAACGCGAAUUAGAAGCUCCACCUAACGAUGAUGAGGACGAAGAUCCCGAGGCGAAGCGAAGAAGAAUACUAGAGGAGAGUCGUGACAUUGACGCAGACUCUGACGGAAGCGAGAGCGAGAGUAGCGAAGAGGAAAGCGAUGAAGAAGACGAGACAGCAGAACUGAUGCGUCAACUGGAAAAUAUCAAGCGUGAAAGAGCAGAACAAAAGGCCCGGGAAGAAGCUGAGCAGGCCAAAGAAGCACAAGAGCAGCGUGAAGAGAGCAUCGCACUCGGAAACCCUCUACUGAACCCAAAAGCUUUCAAUGUGAAACGGAGGUGGGACGACGAUGUGGUGUUCAAGAAUCAGGCUCGAGGCACGGAGCAAAAGGGUAACAAGGAAUUUGUCAACGACUUGUUACGAUCGGACUUUCACAAAAAAUUCAUGUCCAGAUAUGUUCGAUGA